AUGCUAGUGCCUGUUUUGUUACUGAACAUUAAGGUAUUUAGUGAGGAUCUUUCGGACGUUGAGAAAAUGACGGUGGUCAAUAUUUCCAAGGUGUUGUGCAAGAACUUGGAAGGAUUGGAGGAUGUGAAAUUUGAAGCAUACAUCUAG